CCACAGACUGACCAGAAGGUUACCACAUCAACCGCAACCAUGGAGGUUGCCAUGUCUGCAGUUGCAGGUGAGCUUGUGAGCCGUUUCAUCUCCGUCCUGCUGAACAAGUACAAUUCAAACCGUCCACAUGAGGAGCAGGUGGAAGAGAGGUUGCAGCAACUUCUGAUGAGAGUUUGUACCAUCGUCGAGGAGGCAGACGCGCGAUACAUAACCAACACCGGGAUGAUGAUGCAGCUCAAGGCGCUCUCAGAGGCCAUGUACCGAGGAUACAGUGUGCUGGACAGCUCAAGGUACCGAGCCCUCCAAGAUAGUGCAAGCUUCGACAAGGUUAGCAGCAACAACUCAUCUAGCAUCAGCUUGUAUUUAGCCAAGCGUUCUCGAACAACAGCUGAUAAGGCCAAGAACCUGGAGUCACAUGGUGCCUUGGAGAGCUUAGAAACUGCUGUUGCUAACAUUGCAGAAUUUGUUGUGCUUCUGGGUGGAUGCGAGCGCAUGUAUCGUAGGCCAUACGAUGUUUAUCUCUACACCGACAACUUUAUGUUUGGCCGACAUGCUGAGAAGCAAAGGCUUUUGAGCUUUUUGUUGCAGCACAGCGACCCUCCCAAGGAUUAUGGACCGGCAGUUCUACCGAUCAUAGGUGGUGGAGCAACUGGGAAGAAAACUUUGGUUGCUCAUGUGUGCGGUGACGAAAAGGUUCGCUCACGCUUCUCCUCUAUUUUGCACUUGAAUGGAGACAACCUUUUGAGUAUACUUGACCAUGGAAGGACCAUGGAAGGGAUGAUAUUGGUAGUCAUUGAGUUUUCUUCUGAUGUGGGUGACGCUGAGUGGAAAAAGUUUGGCUCGUUUGCUGUAACAAUGGGCAGAGGAAGCAAGAUCCUCAUCAUAAGUAGACUUAAAAGACUAGCUCGAUUUGGAUCAGUGAAACAAAUUUUCCUAAGUGUUCUGUCCUAUGACGAGUUAAGGUACCUUUUCAAGAUCCUGGCAUUCGGGAGCAUAGACCCUGCAGAACAUCCACGGUUAGUACAAAUAGCAGAUGAAAUUGCCAAGGUGCUGCACAACAUGCAAGGUUCACUCGUCGCAGCAAAUACGGCAGCUGAUUUGUUGCGAAGGAACCUCAAUGUUAACUUUUGGAGUUGUAUAUUGGACAAAACGAUAAGAAUGGUUAAAAGAAAUCUCUCUGUAUCUGGUGCGCACCCAAGCAUGCUUGUAGAACAAGGCUAUCCAGUGGACAUGACGGAUUUUGCUUUGCAUCGACUUAGUAUGACACAUUAUACAAUUAAUGGUUCAAUCAGGAAGGAAUUACCAAGUGUGACAUUUGGGGAACUUCUAGCGAAUCCUGGUGUUAGACCCAAAGAAGACUUUAUUCUAAUUUCGUGGGAAUCAAGGAUACCCCCUCAUAAUUCAUUUGCUCAUUUAGUUACAAGUUGUGUUCAUGAUACAAAUGAAGGUACUAGUUCCAUGCCUGGGAGGAAGCGACGAGGAGUACCAGUCUAAUUUUUUUAUUUCCAAAAAUCAUGUAAUGUAAAUUUUGUUGUAUAUUUCUUUAUACACGAGAAGGAUGUGAUGA